AUGGUACUUGGGGAGACAAAGCGAGUUACUGAGGUGAAGACAAACAUCUACGUCACCAGCUUCGGUCCAGUCUCCGACACCGACAUGGAGUACACAGUAGAUGUGUUCUUCCGCCAGAGCUGGGAGGACCAGAGGCUCCGGUUCCACGGCCCGAUGGACAUCCUGCGCCUCAACAACCUAAUGGCUAGCAAGAUCUGGAUCCCUGAUACCUUCUUCCACAAUGGCAAAAAGUCUGUGGCCCACAACAUGACCAUGCCUAACAAGCUGCUGAGGAUAAUGGAGGACGGGACCCUGCUUUAUACCAUGAGGUUAACUGUUCAGGCUGAGUGUCCCAUGCACCUUGAAGACUUCCCAAUGGACUCUCACUCAUGUCCACUCAAGUUUGGCAGCUACGCCUACACCCGGGCAGAGGUCACUUACCUCUGGACCCGGAACGCCUCAGAGUCCGUGGCGGUGGCCCCCGAUGGAUCCAGGCUUAACCAGUAUGACCUGGUGGGCCAGACCGUGGGGCAGGAGACCAUCAGGUCCAGCACUGGUGAAUACAUUGUCAUGACUGCCCACUUCCAUUUAAAAAGAAAGAUUGGCUACUUUGUGAUUCAAACAUAUCUACCUUGUAUCAUGACGGUGAUCCUCUCCCAAGUCUCUUUCUGGCUCAACAGGGAAUCUGUACCAGCAAGAACUGUCUUUGGUGUCACCACAGUGCUCACUAUGACAACAUUGAGCAUCAGUGCCCGCAAUUCACUUCCAAAGGUGGCCUAUGCCACAGCCAUGGAUUGGUUCAUGGCCGUCUGCUAUGCCUUUGUCUUCUCAGCGCUCAUUGAAUUUGCCACCGUGAACUACUUCACCAAGCGCAGCUGGGCUUGGGAUGGGAAUAGUGUGGUGAAUGAUAAGAAGAAGGAAGCUGCCGACACAUUGAAGAAGAAAUUGAUCGAGUCUUUAUGGGAGAACAAUGCUUAUGCUGUGGCUGUGGCCAACUACUCCCCCCACAACACCAGGGACUCCCCAUUGCCCACCAUCUCCAAGGCCGCCACCAGGGAGCCCUUCGGCGUGAGGGGGAGAGCGGCGGCCCAGCCUGAGCAGAACAAGAAGACCUUCAACAGUGUCAGCAGAAUCGACCGCAUGUCCCGCAUCCUGUUCCCCAUUCUGUUCUGGGGCUUCAACAUGGUGUACUGGGCGACGUAUCUUAACAGAGAUCCGGCUAUCAAAGAUAAGGAGCCUUCCUCAUGAGUCCCACCAAGCAUUUAUUAAGGCUAAAAGUGAAUGAUCUGACAUCAGAUCCAUUCCUGUCCUGUCCUACUUUGGCAAGUUGCAGAAAUACGGUUCUAACGUACGCUAUUUGUAAAUUUAAUUGUUAGCAUCAGAAAGUUUGUGGUCACCUUAAAUAAUUUAGGAUUAUUUCUCAAUAGUCUCCAAAGAAAUAUCGCUGCAAAACUAAAAAUGAAGGAACUCAAAAAACAGACAAUAUUUUAUGACUAUAAUUGCAGAAUACAACUCAUAUACACUAGGGAUGUGCAGAGAGACCAGUAUUGUGUUUGUAUCUGUAUUUUUUGAGGCAUCAAAACUAUGUAUUGUAUGUAUUUGAAUAAAUAUGGAAAUAGCCGUAAAUAGGGAGAAACACAUAUUGCAGGUUCCACAAAAACAAAGGAGAAGUAAUGUUACAAUAAAUGAGGUCAGCAAACCGGUUGAGGUAAAAAGAAAACUGAUCAAAGCCAAAGUAAUGGCGUAGCUCUCGCAGUAUGUACUACUUUAUGCUUUAAUUUUAACUCAAGUUUCCCCGCACGCAUUGCGUGCGCUCAACCUCUAGUGGAUCCUGAGUUUGAUUCAGACUCCAUUGAUUGACAUUGCACAUAUGUACAAUAAUGUCAGUUAUAGCAACUGCUCUCAGUGUACCAAAAAAUGAAGUGUGAGAUAAAAGCACAAAAUAAAUAAGUAGACCCAACCACACAGUGAAGUAAAAUGGUAACAUUGUAUUGCAAACAUUUCCACAGGGUAAUAUAUGUCAAUUUUUCGUCAUCCACAGUGCACUUCUGAAUACACAUUGUUGUCUGUCAGGCCGUCCUUGUGGUCUCCAACAAACACCCUUACACCUCUGGCACGCUGGCCUCUGCUAAAGGCAGUUGGCAAGCUGGCCAUGUGCGAGCACACUUUGGGGUAGGAACACUCCAACUCAAUAAUUUUCUUAACGUCUUACCUGGGCGAGUGUCGCUGCGGUGUGCGCACGUGCAUGUGUGUUCUUACCUGCGUGUGUUUCGAUGGCGGAGCUCUUAUUUUUAAAGGAGACAUAUUAUGGCGAUUUCACAACAUUUGAGUUCCAGAAAACAUGGUUUUGAAGCUUUUUGCUGGAUAUAGCUUUUAGGAAAAAAAAUCUCGCCUACCCCUACUCCCCUCUGUUCUGUCCCUUCAGAAUGCACUGUUUCUGGUGUCUGUAGCUUUAAUGCAAAUGAGCUGCUGCCCAUUGACCAAUGAGCUGUCAGACUGAACCACAGCAUGGAGGAGAAGGGAUUGUUGCCGUUUGCGGAUUCCUU